CUUUUCCACAUCUCUUUUUCACUCGGUUUGUGGUCUGGCCCCUAAACCCACGCGAUAAAUAGGCGAAGAUAGAGCUUUCCCUACUGUAUAUUCUGUAAAAUCUUCACGACCCAUAAAUUCUUUUUUGCCACUGGAUCAAUUUUCAGCUGAAGAAAUUUAGCUAAUUUUGCAGUUAAAUUCAAUGGAGGAUGAUGCUUGGAGCUUCGGUGUCACUUCUGCUUCAAGGAGCUAUAAUCCAUCUAUGUUGAAGUCUCACUCUGAUUUCUGUAUCGAUUUCGAGGAUUUUGAUGGGGAUGACGAUCUAAAGGUGGAAUAUCCGUGUCCAUUUUGUUCGGAGGAUUUUGAUUUGGUCGGUCUCUGCUGCCAUAUUGAUGACGAGCAUCAUUCAGAGGCACGGUCAGUGGUUUGUCCUGUUUGUGCUACGAGAGUGGGGAUGAAUAUGGUCGGACACAUAACGACUCAGCAUGGGAACUUUUUCAAUCAGUACAAAGUAAAAUUUUACAAAGUUGAUUCUCAAUCACCCUUUUCCUUUUCAAGGAAGGAAUUGCAGGAUGAACAUAUUCGAUCACUUUUUGGAUGGUCUUCUGCAGUUUCAACCUCCAAGAUGGCACCUGAUCCAUUGUUGUCAUUUCUAUACAAUACAUCUCCCACUGACAGGUCUGAAAAAGCGCAGCCUGAUUCCUCUUCUGAAGUUAGCAAUGAAGAGAAAAGCUCGGAUCAUAUAUUGUUAGAAAGAAAUAUUCAAAAAUCUCCCUUAUCAGACAAGGACCAAGAGGAGAAAGCUGAGAGGUGUAAGUUUGCACAGGGACUAGUAUUGUCCACCAUCUUUGACGAUGGCUUAUGAAUGGGAAAACCAUAACGUAUCAGUGCUGGUUAUCGACUUCAAAGUUUUUACAAGAGAAGCCCAGCGCUGGUUAUCGACUUCAAAGUUUUUACAAGAGAAGGACUUCAAAGUUUUUACUAGAGAAGCCCAGUGCCAUUGUUGUUUGUUGUAAUUUGCUGAUAGCUUAACAGAAAUAGGUUCGAUUUAGGAAUUGAAUGUAAUGGUAUUACAUCUAUGUUCAGUCAAUUAGGCCAACAAAGAGCCAAACAAUUAUCUUAAAUGAUUUUCAAAGCUUCUGUGCAGAAUGAAAAUAUUUUAAUUUUCCUA